CCUCCCUUUCCCGCUCCUCCGCGGCCUCCUUACUCUCCCUCCCCGACCUCGGCCGCUGACCUCCCAGUGGCUGCAUCCCCCGCUCCCCGCAGCCUCCACCCAAGCGCCAUGGCUCCGGCUAGGAAAGGCGGCAGUCGGGUGGCCAAGACGAACUCGGUUCGGAGCCGGAAGCUCGUUUCCUUUCUUCGGGACUUCGACCGCGAAGUGCAAAUACGAUCCAAGCAAAUUCAGUCGGACAGGCAGAACCUCCUCAAGGAGAUGGAUAACCUGUACAACAUCGAGAUCUUGCGGCUCCCCAAGGCGCUGCGCGAGAUGAACUGGCUAGACUACUUCGCCCUUGGAGGAAGCAAACAGGCGCUGGAAGAGGCUGCAACAGCGGACCUGGAUAUCACAGAAAUAAACCGACUAACAGCAGAAGCUAUUCAGACACCCUUGAAAUCUGCCAAAACACGAAAGAUAAUGAAAUUGGAUGAAAUGAUAGUGGAAGAAGAAGAAGAAGAAAAUAAGAAAAAGAAUCUUCAAACUUCAAGAGUCAAAAGGUGUCCUCCAUCCAAGAAGAGAACCCAGUCCAUACAAGGAAGAGGCAAAAGCAAAAGGUCAAGCCAUUAUAACACUGUCACCCCAGCUGUGGGCCGGCUGGAGUUGUCUAUGGUGAAGCCAACCCCAGGCCUGACCCCCAGGUUUGACUCGAGGGUCUUCAAGACCCCGGGCCUGCGGACCCCAGCAGCCAGAGAGCGGAUCUACAACGUCUCUGUGAAUGGCAGCCCUCUUGCUGACAGCAGAGAGGUUUUCCUCACGGUGCCGGUGGGCGGUGGAGAGAGCAUGCGAUUGCUGGCUAGUGACUUGCAGAGGAUGGACAUCGCACAGCUGGACCCCGAGGCCUUGGGAAACAUCAAGAAACUCUCUAGCCGCCUUGCCCAGAUCUGCAGCAGCAUACGGACUCACAAAUGAGGCUGCUGUCCCAAGAAACCGAGCUUGACGGGAUGGACUUUCUGCGGGCACUUCCGGGACCCUGAAGAGACUUCUUCCCUUCAGGCUGUUUGAGUGUGAAGUUCCAGAGCAGGGAGUGGUGUUCCUCUGGGAGAAUUCCGGAAGCGGGGAGACACACUGCUCCCCCAUCGGUUAGAUUAAGCUUUGCUGUUCACGCCUCCCAACCCGACUUCCUGCUGCAUCCAUGCAGUCGAAACCUCCUGUCACUCUCCUGGCAGAAUUCUCCUUCCUGCUCUUAGAGCUGCUGCCGUCUGCCUCCUGUAACCCAGCCUCCUCUCCGUCCUGCCGUUACUUCGGUGGAGGUGGCGGGAGAGAACCUCAGGUUCCCAGGAAAACCACCUGCUCCCCCUCCUCAGAGAACCCUCUGCAUCCGGCAUUUCUGCUCUGUGUUGCUUGAGGCUGGGAGUUUUAGGCUCAAAGCAGUGAGAGCUCUGGGCCAUGGGAGGACAGACCCAGAAAGCUGGGAGGAACCGUGCAAAUGGGGACAGGACAGCAGAAUGGGACGUGUCCCAGCAGUAGACACAGCAGAGCCCAUCUCAGCCCAGCCCCAGCCCUGCUUUCUGCGGUGGUGGAUACUCAGUGAGGCUUCAGGAUCUUACACCCGCUGUGCGCAGUAGUUUUUUCCAAGCUGACUGUGGAACCGGGGUUUGUAUUUAUCCCUUUACCGAAGACCAAAAACUGGUUUGGAGGCAGCUUCCACGUCUGGCACCUCUACCUCUCUAGAUGGUAGGAAUUUGGAUAAGAGAAUUCUAGGGCUAGUUUAGUCUAGGGUUUUACGAGACCAGCUGCAGAGAAACGAUCUCUAAGCUCUCCGUGGUCCAGUGGUCCCUGCCAGGUCCACAGACUUCACAGAGAGCACUUCCUCUUACGGGGCUCACUGGGGGGCAGGUGUGAAUUGCCUGGUGGCCUCAUUCCACGUGUUUGGCCUGUGCUCCGGGCAUCGGCUAGUUACUCAGAGUCCGCCCCAUGGUCCCUGUGCUCCAGCCUGCACCUCCACCCCGACGAAUCAUGAGAUGUGGUCCAAAAGUACAGAAACUCAGGAGUUCCCGCCCCAUGCUCGAGGGCCCCGUGUCCUCCUGUGUGGCUCUGUGUUCUACUCCAUGUCACUUUGCUCUGUGACCCUUCCUAGCAAUCCAGUCCUGUUGCAGUUGUAUUCCUUUCAAGUUGUUUUAUUCUCCCUUUCCUGAGACUUUUGUGCAUAUUGUGUUCCUGAUUAAUGGCAUCUUUUAAGCUGUUGUAAUUAGGGCUACUGAAAGGUACCCGUUUUCAAUAAAUUGUG